AUGUGGAAGAAGUUCAAAGAGUGGGCAGACAUACACGGUCCCAUCUACCGAACCAGCAUGCUCGGACAGCAAUUCAUCAUCGUGUCGGACGAACAAAUCGCUCAAGAAUUGCUUGUGAAGAGGGGGCACAUUUACUCGGGUCGACCGCAAAUACGUGCGCUUAUGAAUCAUAAAACUGGACCAGGAUAUGUUGCCCUCAUGGACAGAAACGAUACGUGGACUCGACAGCGCAAAUGGGUUCAUGCAGCCAUGGCCGAAUCUCACAAGCACCACUUCUACGGCGUCAUUGAGAAUGAAGUUCGCCGCUUUUUGGCCGUUCUUCUACUAGACCCGGCAAAAUUUCAUUCAAAUAUAAGAGAGCACUGCGGACGCAUCAUGUGUACACUUGCCUGGGAUGACGCGGGUAAGGGCAAGGACUAUGGUGACAGCGCCGAUUGUACACUUACCCAGAUGUCUGUCAGCGGGCCUAUCGUGAACACAAUGACCCCCUUGUGGUCGAUUCCUUGGGCGCUGAAUCCAUGGAAGAAGUAUGAGCGGGCAAGAGAAGACCGGCAGUGGGCAUGGUGGCUUCAAUCGUAUCAAGUAGCCAAGGCCAGAUACCUCCGGAGAGAACUCUGUGCAGAUACCUGGUCGCAUAGGUACUUCGAAGAAUUACAGAGGCAGGGCAACGAGAAGCUUGUUCAGAAUGCGGAAGAGGAGAGAUUUGCCAGCUGUAUGCUAGGGUUCCAGAACCUGGUUGGUGUCAUAACGAUCACCGGUCCUCUGCAAUUCUUUCUGAUGGCCAUGACCCUGCACCCCGAGUGGCAAACCAAAGCCCAAGAGGAAAUUGAUCGCAUAUGUGGCGAUCGGAUGCCGACAACAGCUGACAUUGAAGAUCUUCCCAUCGUUAGAGCGUGCCUCAAGGAAACCCUCAGAUGGCGUUCUGGUGUCCCGCUUGGGGUACCGCAUCAAGCUGAGAGAGAUGACGAGUAUAUGGGAGAAACUAUUACCAAGGGGACUAUAGUAUUGGCAUGUGAAUGGAGUAUUAAUCGUGUUCCUACAAGGUAUCCUGACCCCGAGACCUUCCGCCCGGAGCGGUAUCUAGAGCCAACUUGGCCAACCUACCAGGAGCCCCUGUCAAAGUACCCUAAUUUCCGCGAAGGCCAUGGCAUGCAUACCUUCGGAUGGGGCCGCAGGACAUGCCUCGGCCAGCACAUUGUUGACGAUGAAAUGUUUGUCACAGGCGCCAGUGUAUUAUGGGGGUUCCGAAUGAGCAAGAAACGGUGCCCGGAAACAGGAAUGGAGAUCGACAUUGAUAGUGAGGCCACAAACGCGCAUGUCAUCCUGGAAACGUUGCCGUUCCCAAUGGAUCUGAUGCCGCGAAGCGAGCAACGUGCGGCUGAAAUCCUGGCUGGCUAUGCAGAAAUACGAGAUAGUCUGAGAGUUUAG